GGUAAUUAGUCCCGUGACCGGCGGUGUCCGGCCGAGGGCAUCGACAUGCCGGCCGUCCAUCAGGACCUGGCGUCCGAGUUCAUCCCGACCGACAGGGCCCUGUCGAAGACGAUUGAUCUGCGGCAGGUGAUCCUCAGGGAUCGGGUCACCGUCGCCACGUUGGUGCCGUUCUCGUGCGCGGCGGAAGUGCCCCGAUCGCUGUUGAGGUACCUGUCGGACCAGUUGAACAAGGAGAUCGAAAAGGGCGAUACGUAUUCCAUGCUGGAUGUCAUUUCGCUGAAGGAUUUUGGGCCGUAUUGGUUCUCGAAUUUCGGCGCCAUCAUGCUUUUGGGUGACAUCAAAAGCCUGCAGGAAGUCCUGGCCAUGGAUCGGACAGCCAACUGGGCCAAGCUCUGCCUGGGCAGUUUCAAUAUCCGGCCCAACUAUCCCGGCCGAAGCAGCCAUAUCUGUAACGGCAUGUUUCUGGUGACAGAUGCGGCGCGGAACCGUGGUGUAGGAAGGCUGAUGGGUGAAGUAUACUUGGAGUGGGCACCCAAGUUGGGCUACACAUAUGCUAUGUUCAACCUGGUGUAUGAGAACAACGUCGCUUCCUGUCGUAUCUGGGAUGCGUUGGGCUUCAAACGCAUCGGCAAAGUGCCGGGCGCUGGUAGACUGUGCGCCUCUCCGGGCGAAUACGUGGACGCGAUCAUCUAUGGUCGAGACCUUAACCCGGAGGGAGAUGACCUGGUCACCCAGGACCGCUUCGAUAAGAUCCGAUACUACCUCAAGCACCUGAAAUACCCCAGAGGCGCUGACCGGGCCGAGAAAAGCCGGCUCAGAAGUGCAGCCACCCACUACAAACUAAUCGGCGGCAAGGAUGGCGAACCCGAAAAACUGAUGUUGAAGGACAAGGAAGUGGUGUCUGAUCCGCAGCAGCAGUACGAGAUUGCCCAACACAUCCACGCCCAGCAACACGCGGGAAUCAACAAGACGACAGCGGCGAUUGCCGUCAAGUACCAUUGGGUGAGAAUCAAGGAGACUGUCAGCCGGGUGAUCCGAGACUGCCCACAAUGCAGGGAGACACUCAAGAUCUCCCCAGUGAACAAUCACGAGGUCAAAGGUGAAGACGCCUCCUCCUUGCUGGCCGAAACUGGCCAAGCCUUGUCACAGAAUCACAACCUCACUGCAGACCAUACCAUGGAAGAUAAAUCUGCCGACCCUCCUCCAAGCAGCACCCACUUUGUCACGGAUGAUGUCAGCGCAAUGCCAGAAACCGUGGAUGCGAUGGGCGACUACACUACCAUGCCCCUCGACCCGCAAAUAAUCGAUAUCAAUUCCCAUCUUCCUCGUUUCCAACACCACGCGGCAAUAGCCGAUCACUAUGCCGAGGUCCACGGCCUUCAGGCAGCGAACUUUGGAGAUCCUGUCCACCGGAAUCCCGGUGCGGACUAUCAGAUGCUGAUGGACGAUGGCCCAGAUCCGGAUUCCCUGCGCCGGGAAUCACUCGCCCUAGUCCAUGGCCAUGUCCAUAGCCAUGUCCAUGUCCAUGAGGCGCACCACGAGCAAGAAAUGCUCGCCAAAUAUGUAGAACGGUCGGAAGAUGACCUUGAUUUUACGUGAGGUCGUCUCGCUGCUGCUCGGCAGCGCUCUGCCCAAGCCCCUAUUAUGAACCUUACCUAUUAGUUACUAUACCUCGCACCUAUGGACAGUGCGUGGCAGUCCUGUGAUUGACACAUAAGAAUAAAUAUAAAAAUAAUUCAUC